CGAUGGCAAUGGGCGUGGUGAGGGCACUCCCCCGAUUGGGGCUGGACUUUGAGGGAGAGAGCGCAUUGAAUGCCCUGCAUCAGCGUAGGCAAAAGAAUAGGGGCAAUUUGAAAGCAGGCGCAGGAAGGCGGUGACGAGGAAACGCCCCCAUGAGCGAGCGAGGCUCGCUCUCCUGUCAGUCAAACCGUGGUCAAUCAAGCAGGGCGCAAUUCAUUCCUGGUGCCACAUCAAUCGCCGCUUCUUAAUUUGCGUCACCAUGUACCGCACACCCCAAACGCCUCGGUCUGCCACUACUGCAUUAGAAAUGUCGAUGGUCGCGUUCCUCCGGAAACUGUGAAAUGAAUUCGGGAGGGAGGGGAUGUGUGUGCGGUGAGGAGUGUGUGGGCACAGGCUGCGAGGGAGAAAGGGAGGAAUUCCACCAAAACACUUGAACAUGGGUUUAUAGUGACGUAGUGUUCGACCGAGAAAUUUUGAAUUCCGUAUUAGUCAUUAAUGUGCGGGAGCCCCUUCCAAGGUAACCCCCCUGGUUUUCCCCAAGGUAAAGGUAAGAUGGCAUGAUUCCAUUACCGAGCACUAACUAAUUUCCCUGUGUGCAACAAUAGUAAUGCUCUCAUAACUACUGCGCCCACCUCUACACUGGGCCUUUAUGGUUCAAGCCAAACGCUUCCGUUGCCCUCAUGGGCGCCAACGAUUUCAAAGUGCUUGCCUGAUCUCUCCGCACCGUUUUCGGGUUUCCAAUUGUCGUCAGCUGAAGCUAAUUGCAAACCCGCGGAGCAAAAUUUGCGUUUGCCCCUUUGGAAGAUUUUUGUGAGCUAGAAUUGAGUUUACAGUGUUCCUCCUGGUUGCGUUGGUGGUGCUUUUGUCACGGAGCUGGGUGACGAUGGUAGGAAUGUGUUUCCUGGAGGAAGCUCGGAUAUCUCAUAUCAUUUGGCGAAGUUGGAUUGCAUAAUUUGCUGGUUUAUUUUUUGCUUUGAGUCGUCGAGUUUCUGUCAAUUGUCAAUUGAGAAUAUUGUGGCGUCCCUCGAGAGCUAGGGGAGUCUUCCAGCUGCACAAUGGGCUUGUGUCUGAGUCGGUGCGGGGAGGCGCAGCACAAAGCUGCGGUGGUGGCCGUCACCAUUUCUCACCACGGUGCCUCUUCCCCCGCGCGACCAUCACGCUGCGAAGCACAGGACCACAGCCACUCGCUGAAGAGGUUUUUGCACAUGUACAACGAUGACAGUGAGAGCCGCAAAGUGUCCACAGCCUCUUUACGGCCAAGCCUCGAUGGAUCUUUUGCAAUUCCUCACAGCAGUGAACUCUUCUCCCUGCCCAGCGAAGGAUUGGGAUCAGACCUCUCCAGGUCGCCAUCGCCAGCGCGGGGAUCAAUGAGUUCUGUGAGGAGAUCCUCCACUUCUUGCAUUCCCCACUCUCCUAAGAGCAAAAACUCGGAUGUUGCCCCACUUGGUCGAUUCUCCACUGACAUUCCUCCCAUUGCGCCCAAGGGGAGCGCCAAAAAAGUACCGGCGCGGAAGUCUUGUUCAUCGCUCGGGCAACCAGCGAACUCUCCCUACAUGAACCUCGUGGAAACGAUUGCGCGCCUUGAGAAUUUCUGCGACGUGAAGCUGUUUUUGAAGAAGCGGAGCUCAACGAUUCGCGAUUCUUCACCUGAUUUAAGCUCUUGUGCGCAAAGGGAUUCAGUUCAGCUUCACGACUCAUGCCGCGACCUUGCCCAAAAGCUUCUUUGCUUCGCCAAUGAACAUGCUUACCAGAGUUUACAUGAUUCCAGUUCCACGAGACGAUGCGAUUCCGCUGGGAAUCCGAAAGAGUCUGAAGUGCGUGUCGACUCUCAUUCCGUCGAGGGAGGCUUGAAAGAUAGAACACUGCCGCUGGAGAUGUCCGUUGAAUGUUUUCUUAAAGAGGUGGAGAACUUUAUUUCUAAGGUAGAUGCAGUGCCGCAAACCCCUCUUCGUCAGCCUGACAUGGAGAGGAGAGUCGAGAGUGUGAAUUGCAGACCUUCGAGCUUAGAAUUCCAAGAUGCCGACGACAGGAUUCAGUUCACGGACUUCGAGGCAACCUUCGAGCUUCGCCCGGAACUCACGAAGAUAACAACAUCUAAUCAUGGCCUUGUAGAUGGUGGUCGUACUGACAACGCAACACAGGACAAUGGGAAUCAUCAAGUGAAUCUAGGUUCCACUUCUGCUUUGCGUGAAUCAGAGAAUGCCGCACCCUUGGUUUUACGCAAUCCCGCCCAUCGGCAUUCUAGGACAACCUCAGCCUUCGAUGGAACGCAUCCUGUUUCCAUUACUCCGAGGGACAACCAGCGGUCUGCUCUUUCAGAAAUUAGCUCCAACGUCAAUCUCGCACAUGACUCUCUCGCUCGGGAGAACCAUCUCUUGACACUGCGGACUCGGAACGGACCAAAGAAGGACGUUGCACACUCUUUCGACUCACAGGACCAUUCUGUUUUCCAGAUGGAGUUUAUUGAAUUGAAGAAAGAGCGAUGUGAAUUGUUAAAUGAAACGUACAACUUGACGGAAGCAAACGGAGUAGCAAACUUGAGCAUAGAAAAGACUCAGGAAGGUGAUGCAGAAGAUCCAACCAACCAGCGAUUACUUGAUGAAGUGAAAGCAAGCACCUCUAGAGGUAACGCAGCACCACCGUCAAUGGACAUCAUCAUUCCAGAUCUCCAGCCAACAAAGGAAGAAACAUCGGCGAGUGGAGGAGAGCAAGAGUCAGGAUGCGCCGAGGAUACACUGGGACGAGGGGACAUUCUCAUGGACUUUGCUGGUCUGGAAGGCAGUGAUGCGGGGCUGUUGGACGACGAUUCUGACAACUCUCUGUCGAUAGCGUUUGACAACCUCCUGAAGAUUUUGCAGAGUCCAUCUGGAGAGCUCGCUCAGAACACCAGCGAUCUUCUGGGAGUUCUGGCAGGACAACUGGACACUAGAGGGAGCGUCGAGUUUUGUGCGGAAGGAAGCCAGUUUUUGGACGACGAAGGGACGGCUCUAGAAGCUCAUGUCGACGAGGCCCAGGCAGUUGAAGUUGAGAGUUGGCAUGAUGCACCAGCCUCAUUGAGUUUCACGUCGGAGCUUCCCGGUCCGUCAUAGUAUCACAGGAGAAUUUCACCAGGAAAACGAGUGCACAGCUUUCAAGUACAAAAACUCCAGAGCCUGUGUCGGCCAUGUUCUCAAAGCAGCUCUUCAGAUCAGAUGGGUGGUUAUCGACACACAGCAACGCAGAAUGGUCCAACUGAUCACUCUUCCUCCGACGUCGUCUGUGUUACAAGGUGUGACAGAAGGCUUGCAAGACGUGCGGGAGAGAGAGAGAGAGAGAGAGGAUUCGACGAAGUGGACGAGUGAAGAAGAAUCAUGAAGAAGUGGAAUAGAUUUGUUGUGGAUAGAAUAUGGGGUAUUAUGGAUUCACCCACCAUAGCCUCAUCCUCUUGCCAAGCAGCAGGGAACCCACCUGGGUCAUGGCACCGUGAAAACGAGUCUCGUAGUAAAGGAAAGAAAAACAGCAAAACAAACAAUCAAUCCAACAAACAAACAAGCAAACAAAAUGUACAUUCAUUUAUCCCGAAACCUGAGAGGGUCCCAAUCCAUUCCUCAGUAUGUUA